AUGGCCGAGCAGACCAAUGGAGCUGAGUCGGGAUGGGUGUAUCGGGACAAGGACCCGCCACCUGGCUACUCUGGAGAGAACCCUCAGUCAACGUUCAAGGGCUACAUGCGUGACCUGGAGCUCUGGAAAGCAGGGACGGACGUCCCGGCGGAGAAGCAGGGCUUGAAGCUUGUGCAGGUCUUGUCGGGAGCCGCCAAGUCGGCGGUUGAGGUCCUGACCGUGGAGGAGAUCAAGGGCGCGGAUGGCUACGCGAAUGUGGUCAAGAAGUUGAAGGCGGCGUUCGCCCCGUAUGUGGAGACGGCAUUGCCGAGAGCCCUGGAAGCAGCUUUGUACGGGCACCAACGGUCCCACAAGGAAACGCUGACCGACUACCUGAUCCGGUUCCAGAAGAGCCAGGCCCAACUUCAGGAUGAGGGAGUCGCUUUGCCUCCCAAAUCGGCCAAUCUGGACCACGAGCUGGAUGCUAGGCUGACCACGUGGCUGGCAGGAGACUUCUCGUUGGACAAUGUCACGGCCAGCCUCAGGAGGCUAGAAAGGGUCUCGGCAGAAGGCGGCAAGAAAGUCUUUGGGCGGACGGCGCAGGAGGACCGGAGGAGGAAGUCGAAGAAAGCUAUGCCGAGGACGGAAGAACUGCCGCCCAAGCCGGGUGUCCUUGAUCUGCUGCCGGAGCUGGUAAGUGGUUGGGCACCGUCGGCAGUUGGAAAGUCACGCGAGAAGGGCGGAGGCAAGGGGCAUGGCGGAAAAGGAAAGCUCAAGCAGGGCAAGUCGGGAGCCGGCAAGCUCUUUUUCGGGGCAGCGCCCCGGAGAGUGCACGUAGAAGAGCUGAAACUUCGAACACGAUGCAAAGCUUGCGGCCAAGUGGGGCAUUGGGCUCGAGAAUGUCGUCAGCGCCCUUCCGCUCAAGCUACGGCAUCCAGUUCCUCUUCUUCCGCGGCCCCAAGCUCGCAGAGGACUUCCUUCUACUGGAGGACCGGCAACGACUCAAGCUUUUCCUCGGCGGCCUUCUUGACUGGAGUCGAGCCCGAGAGAAGUGGAAAAGAAGUUCCUCAGGCGCAGGGUUCGGAACUUUCCAGUUUUAUCGGGGUCGCUUUGGAAGAUCAUCAGGGCUUGGUCGACACAGCUGCGCAGGAAGGGCUCGUCGGCAAGAGUGCUCUGUUGAAAUACCUAGAUGCCCUUCGGCCCCUUGGACUUCGGGGAAAUUGGGUGGACAAGCCCGCCAGUGCCAGGGGGAUUGGCGGAAGUGCUUCGGUAGUGGGCGUGUGUGAGCUUCCUGUGGGCUUGGCAGGGGUCCCGGGUGUGCUGGAGGUUACGGUUGUGUCCGAGGAUGUCCCCCUGCUGAUCCCCAUUUCUUUGCUGAAAGCAUUGGGAACAUUCGCGAGAGUACCAUUCAGUUCCGGCAUGUGCAAGCAAGUACAGGCAUGCAUUCUUUGA